AUGAUCUGGUUCGGCUGGACGAGUUUUGAGGAUGUCCACUGGAUUGCAGGCACCAUUGCGCUCGGCGCUUUCGGCGUGGGAGUCUACUACAUCUACCUCUCCGCCACGAACUACCUAGCAGACGCGUACGAAAAAUACGCCGCCUCAGCCCUCUCAGCUGUGGGUUUUGGGCGGAAUGCGUUUGGCGCAUUUCUGCCAUUGGCGACCCCGGCGCUGUAUAAGAAUGUGGGCUUUCAGUGGGCUUCUACUAUGCUGGGUAUCAUUGGACUGGUACUCAGCUUGGUACCGUUUGUGCUGUUGAUCAAGGGUCCGUAUUUGAGAUCGAGGAGUCCCUUUAUGUUGGAUGCUUGUUUGGAUGACGACGAGGCUACGGGGAGGAGGGAUAGUAUUGCGGAAAUGCAGCAGGGGAGGCAGGAGAGGAAGGGGAGUGCUAUCUUGCCUUGGAGUCAGGUUAGGUCGGCUUCGGUGGCAUGA